AUGACUCUGAUACUCAGCCAUGCCACUCGCCUGGAGACUUCAGACUUGAAGUGUGAGAAAUUGAGCAGCCAGAGAGACAUGAUGGCCUGGUGUGUGGAAUCACUCAAAUUCGAGGGAAAGAUGUCACCACUCAACAUGUUCAUCUUGAUAUUUUUAUCUGCUGUUUCCUCUGUAGCCGGUUUGAGUAACUGGGGAGUCACUUAUGAGCCAAAGAAGAUCUGCACAAUGGGAGGAUCAACUGUGAGGAUAAAUUGUGAAUACAGACAUCCACCAAAUAUUAAAAUUAAAGAAGAAACAUGGUUUUAUGGUCCUCAAGCUAAUAUGACAAUUCGUAAUCAAGAGAAAACAGUGUAUCAUACAAAUAACAAUAAAGUGUCCAGCAGUCACACAAAACGAGUUCAGUUCUUUGGGAACAAAAACAAGACAUGCUCUGUGAUGAUCAUCGACGUGAAAAAAGAGGACAGUGGAUACUACAAGUUUAAAUUUGGGGGGACGGGUGAAGAAGGUCUCUGGACUGGAUUACCAGGAGUCAAUGUGACAGUCACAGAUGUCAGUGAAUGGGGAGUCACUUAUGAGUCGAAGACGAUCUGUGCAAUCGAAGGAUCAACGGUGACGAUUAACUGUGCAUACAGACAUCCGGAAUGUCAGACCGUUGAAGAAGAAAUGUGGUUAUAUGGUCCUGACAAAGACGAGGCAACUAAAUAUGGAGAAAGCACAGUGUAUCAUACAGAUGAGCGUCAUGUGAACAGCAGUCACAGACACCGAGUUCAGUUCUUGGGGAAGAAAAAUAAGAUUUGCUCUGUAAAGAUCAGAAAUGUGAGAAGAGAGGACAGCGGAUACUAUAAGUUUAAUUUUAAUGGAACAAAUAGAUUGACACAAGUGCCAGGGGUCAACGUGACUGUCACAGGUCUAAAGCUUGAAGCAACAGCAGAGAAGGUCAAAGAAAACAAUGCGGUGACUCUGAGGUGUAAAACAAACUGCAGUCUCACCAAGAGCAUCUUCUCCUGGUUUAGAAAUGGACAACGUUUAAAAGAAGCCUCUGAGGAGCUUCAGAUUCAGAGGGUUUCCUAUGAAGACCACGGCAGUUACUCCUGCCAGAGCGAACACAUCACGUCUCUAGAGUUUCUACUGAACGUCGAGUAUGCUCCCAGGAAUGUUCGCAUCACAAACUCUUUCAUUACCAUUAUAGGAGAAGGGAAAUCGGUGACUUUAUACUGCACGGCCUUAGCAAACCCACCCAGCAAGUACACCUGGGUGAAGGAGAACAGCAGCCAUGUAGUAUCAGGAGAACAUCUACACAUCAGCAAAGUCAAUGCCAGUCACGCCGGCUCUUAUUACUGUGAAGCCACAAACAUCUACGGGACAAUCAAAUCUGCACCUGUCUACCUGAAAGUAAAUGGCAGCAGGAACAGGAAUUACGCAUUGUAUCCCUUUCUGGCCAUUACUAUCCUAACUGGAUUUGCUUUGGUAAUUGUCAGAGUUUUAAGGAAGAAGACAAAUCAGCAAAAUGGUGACAUCCAAAGAAGCCAAGAGCGCUCACAGGAGAAAGAAGAGGAAGAAGAAGAAGAGCAGACUUUGAGUUACGCCUCUGUGCAGUUUAAGGCCCGUCCUAACAAGAAAAUGAAAAAGAAAAGCAUGAAGAAAAAGUCCGAAGACAACAGUGGAGACGUCAUCUACAGUUCAGUAUUUACAAAGUGACAAGUUGUGUCUGCGUGUUGGAAGAACUGAACACUACAGGCUGUUGGCCUUAAUGAAGUGACUGCCCAUAGAAAUGAAAAAUCAAAAAGGAGAUCUGCUUGCUAUCUUUUUGGUUUCUAGACAACAGUGAGAGCAGAAAGAAAUAAAAUGGAGACAUGGUCAGUUGUCUUUUGCUUCUCAGAUUUUGCUCC